GGCGGAAGUAGCGCUGCAUUGUGGGCUCGCUUAGAGCGGUGGAGUUGAUCCUGAAUGAAAGUGGCGCGCCGCCUCUGACGUUUCCCGGGUAGAAGCUGCUGGGAUUUGGACCCCGGCCGGGAUCCGGGUGCCUCGGAUCCCUAGUGCAGAGCCGAUCGCAAGGAGGCGGUGGCGUUGGCGCGGCGAACGUUGGUGGAGGGGGUAGCUCUGCACGGCCCCGAGACAUGGCUCAUAACAAGAUCCCGCCGCGGUGGCUGAACUGUCCGCGACGCGGCCAGCCUGUGGCAGGAAGAUUCUUACCUCUGAAGACAAUGUUAGGACCAAGAUAUGAUAGUCAAGUUGCUGAAGAAAAUCGGUUCCAUCCCAGUAUGCUCUCAAAUUAUCUAAAGAGUCUGAAGGUUAAAAUGGGCUUGUUAGUGGACCUAACAAACACUUCAAGGUUCUAUGACAGAAAUGACAUAGAAAAAGAAGGAAUCAAAUAUAUAAAACUUCAGUGUAAAGGACAUGGUGAGUGCCCUACAACUGAGAAUACCGAGACAUUUAUUCGUCUGUGUGAGCGGUUUAAUGAAAGAAACCCACCUGAACUUAUAGGUGUUCAUUGUACCCAUGGUUUCAAUCGCACUGGUUUCCUCAUAUGUGCCUUUUUGGUGGAGAAAAUGGAUUGGAGUAUUGAAGCAGCAGUUGCUACUUUUGCUCAAGCCAGACCACCAGGAAUUUAUAAGGGCGAUUACUUGAAAGAACUUUUUCGUCGCUAUGGUGAUAUAGAGGAAGCACCACCCCCACCUCUAUUGCCUGAUUGGUGUUUUGAGGAUGAUGAAGAUGAAGAUGAGGAUGAAGAUGGAAAAAAGGAAUCAGAACCUGGGUCAAGUGCCUCCUUCGGCAAAAGGAGAAAAGAACGGUUAAAACUGGGUGCUAUUUUCCUGGAAGGUGUAACUGUUAAAGGUGUAACUCAAGUAACAACUCAACCAAAGUUAGGAGAGGUACAGCAGAAGUGUCAUCAAUUCUGUGGCUGGGAAGGGUCUGGAUUCCCUGGAGCACAGCCUGUUUCCAUGGACAAGCAAAAUAUUAAACUUUUGGAGCAGAAGCCAUAUAAAGUAAGCUGGAAAGCAGAUGGUACUCGGUAUAUGAUGUUGAUCGAUGGCACAAAUGAAGUUUUUAUGAUUGAUAGAGAUAAUUCGGUGUUUCAUGUUUCAAAUCUGGAAUUUCCAUUUCGUAAAGAUCUCCGUAUACAUUUAUCAAAUACUCUCUUGGAUGGGGAAAUGAUUAUUGACAGAGUAAAUGGACAGGCUGUUCCUAGGUAUUUGAUAUACGACAUAAUUAAAUUCAAUGCACAGCCAGUUGGAGAUUGUGAUUUUAAUAUUCGUCUGCAGUGUAUAGAAAGAGAAAUAAUAAGUCCUCGACAUGAAAAAAUGAAGACUGGGCUCAUUGACAAAACACAGGAACCAUUUAGUGUCAGAAAUAAGCCAUUUUUUGACAUCUAUACUUCAAGAAAGCUACUUGAAGGAAAUUUUGCCAAAGAAGUCAGCCAUGAAAUGGAUGGACUUAUCUUUCAGCCUAUUGGAAAAUAUAAACCUGGUCGAUGUGAUGAUAUUUUGAAAUGGAAGCCUCCUAGUUUGAAUUCUGUGGAUUUUCGCCUAAAGAUAACAAGAAUGGGAGGAGAAGGGUUACUUCCUCAGAACGUUGGCCUGCUCUAUGUUGGAGGUUAUGAAAGACCCUUUGCCCAAAUCAAGGUGACAAAAGAGCUAAAACAGUAUGACAACAAAAUUAUAGAAUGCAAAUUCGAGAAUAACAGCUGGGUCUUCAUGAGACAGAGAACAGACAAAAGUUUUCCUAAUGCCUACAACACUGCCAUGGCUGUGUGCAACAGCAUCUCCAACCCUGUCACCAAGGAGAUGCUGUUUGAGUUCAUCGACAGAUGUGCGGCGGCUUCUCAAGGACAGAAGCGGAAGCAUCAUCUGGACCCUGACACAGAGCUCAUGCCUCCACCGCCCCCCAAAAGACCUCGCCCUUUGACCUAAGACCUGCCUCUGACUUGAGGAUUGAGAGGAAAAAAGAGUGAGAAAGAAUGCUGUUGCCCCAUUUUUGCAGCCAGAAAAAUUCAAAAGCGAAUGUGGCCUGAUGCCGAUACGCAUUUGAAUUUUUUGUAAAAAAAAAAAAAAAAGAAAGAAAGGUAUUGUAGCCGGCCUGUAAAUAUUUGAUGCAUUUGUUUCCUCAGUGCUACGAUACAUCAUGGACUUCACACAGUUUAUUUAUAUCUGAUAAACUCAGCCUUACCUUGUGGAAUCUGAAGAUUGAAAUAUCCAAAGGUUUAAUUGAGAUUGAAAUCAAUGCAAAAGAGGCCUUGUUUGUAUAUGGAUAACUUUGACCUUUAAUUUAUAAAGUUAGUAAUCUGGAACUGUGAGCGUAUAAAAAAACACUGUAUUUUUUAGAAGUUGUAUUUCAACUAUGGUAAAUUCUCCUUUUGAAAAAUCUAGGCAAUGGCAUUAAACAUUCUUGCUGUCGUUUAUCAUGGGUUUCCUACAUUUCUGAGAUUCUUGUGUUCAAAAACAAAUGACAAGGUUGUUAAGUAUUAUAUAUUAUACUAUGUUAAACAACUCAGUCUGGCUUAUCUCAUUUUAAGAAGUUUUUUUAGAAAUGUAAAAGUAAAAAAGUAAAGCCCCGUUUUUGUGAAUUGCAUCCUGUCUAAAGGAAGUAUACUGAGUAUUUUCAUCUGUUUCUAUUCUUUGAACUAAAAUAUCAGAUAUCCAAUGUGUCCAUUCUGGCAGUGGUUUUCAGUUACUUCAUAGAACUUAGAUAUAUACCACCAGGUUCCUUUUAUGUGUUGUUCUCCUGGGAGACCCUUUUUCUUCCUUCCUUCCUUCCUUCCUUCCUUCCUUCCUUCCUUCCUUCCUUCCUUCCUCCCUUUUUUUUUUUUUUUUUUUUUUUUUUUGUUUUUUAAUGUCAGGGCUACUUCUGCUUUACCUCAGUGGUAUCAGCACAUUGUAAAUUACAUUAAAACACACAACUCACUGUGAUGAUGGGAAUGAUAUCAAAUACAGACGAUGUUGUGUUAGUUCCCUCGAACAAAGCGGCAAAGGAAAUGCCAGCUGACUCCUUUGAUUAGAAGGUGAUGUCAAUGGAAUAGAAUGCUGUCACUAGAAAAUGCUCUCCCACUGCUAGAUAAAUGCAGAGGCAAAGAGUAGACAUCUGUAGAAACUAAACAUCAAGGAAGCCAAGACAUUUAUUUUCAAAGCCAGAAUUCUAUCUGUGUUCUGUUCUCGGGAUGCUAUUUCUGUUGUACACCUGAAUUUUAAAACAUUUACUGGUUGAUAAUGGAUUUAAAGAGCAGCUAAGUGGUCAUCUGCCGUUGUUGAGAAGCCGUGUUCUGAUUGGUUUGUGAAGGAACUCUCAGAAUUUGCCUAUUAGAGGCGAAUAUAUUUAUUUUUAGAGGUACAGGUUUUAAGUAUAUGUGUAUUUAAAACAAAUUUUCAUGAUCUGAAUUUUAUAUAUGAUAUGCAUAUAUAUGUAAGUAUACGCAGCAGUGUAUAUUCUUCUACUAAUACAAUCAGACAUGAAAAAUCCAAAUGAGUUACCCAGCUGACUGAAUAUCUGACAGGAUUUCUAUAUGAUAUAGCACAGAUUAACCAAAAAUGUAUUUAUAUUCACCUGAGUUUUAAUGUUUUUAAACAAAGUUUUCUCCUGUAGUGCUUUUCUAUAUGAAAUACUAGGAGUCAUGCUUGGGCUUUUUCCUUUAUUCUUUCCAAGUUAUGUAACAUUAGUGAAUUUAUCUAGAAUGUCAUUUUAGUAUUUCAUUCCUAGAGUGCUUUUGUGAGUUUGGGCACUAAAGGGAUUAAAACACCUGACUGCCACAAUGAUUGUUGAAAGGUGGAAAUUUGUAAGGUUUCAUAGUGUCUUGUACAAAGUGGAUCUGAAAAAAUACCUAUGCAACUCCAAACAGUCCGAUGCCUGCUUCACCAGCGUCAGUGACUCUUCUCACACACUAUGUUGCUUUCUCCCGAGCCUGUAUAAGUGGAGAGCCCUUUUGCAGAUAUAAGAGCUAGCUUUUGCCAGUGAUCUUUAAUGGAGUUAAAAUGUUUAUGGUAAUUGUAACCUUUUAAAUGAGUUAUGUGAAAAGAGCAUCUCAUUUUUAAUACACCCAGAUACUUUUUCCUUGCCUUUGUGCAUUUUCUAAAACUUAAUUUUCUUAAUUUGUCCUUUCCUUUCGAUUACAGUGAAGUAUAAUAGCCGGCCUAAUAAGUAGAUCCCAUUUAGCCCCCGAACACACUGUCGUCUGCAGUAUCAUCAGAAGUCAUCUAGAAAGUCAAGGGGGAAAAUUGAGAGGCAGGAAUUGGGACAUCAGGAAGGAAAGAAACCCUUCCCUUCUCAGGCCACUUCACAGCAACUAUUUUCUGACACUGAGGUUUUGUAGGCAAGAAUAAGAAAACUUUGCUUUCUUGAGUUAUCACAUAUAAAAGCUUUUGCUUUGUAUUUGGAAAAGAUGUGGAUGACUCGACUGCCUGGAUGGUUACAUUUGCUUUCCAUGAAAUGCUCAGAAAACGUCAGGACAUUCCUUCUCUAAUUGUGUGUCAGUGCGUAUUGUAAUAAAACCACUGAGUUAAAAUAACAGAAA